AUGGCUCCUCGACUCCGGGUCCUUGCAGGUACAUCUCCUUCCUCGAUGGUUCCCAUAACACACCUCGUCAACACUCCACAUUCACACCCUAUCCGCUCCGAUUUGUUUGAAGGUGAAUUGGUAGCGCAGAUUCAGGGCAUGACGGACGAACAGGGAAAAGUACACGAGUCUGAAUAUUUCAAGAGAGAAGAUCGCGGCGGUGUUACAUGGAGUAUCGUUGUCCGAGGCCGGUUCCUCGUACUCUAUUCAGCGGACGACAUUUUAUUCGGAAACACAUUCGAUAGGCCUCUCAAAUUACCAUGGGGAACAAGCGCGGUACUUAAAUUCAUGCACUACAUCGACCCAACUCUCAAACACGACCUCACAUCUUCCACCAAGCCAUGGGCACUUUCACCACUAAUAUCGACCAUGCCUCAUUUCAUGCACACGAGGAUUCCACCUUCUUCCUCCUCAUGUAUGCUACCCCCCUUCUCAGCAAACCAGUCCAUCCAAGACAGGAACUCUGGGCUGUACCUUGCCCUCUCUGAUGAGCUUGAUGAGGGAGAUUCUGCAUCCAGCUCAUCAGGAACAUCAUUCCGCUCUGCGUCCUCCUCCUCCGACAACGUUGCACCGGGAUCCUCAACCGGCGGCUUGAGCUUCUCUGUCAAAUCCGCCAUGCGCAAAGUCAAACCAAAGCGUGCGCGGAGUACGCUUAGCACCGGCUCUUCUUCGUCGUCCGAGCAAGGAGAACGCCAUAUGAAGCGUGAGCGGAAACUGCAGACGCUUUAG